AUGACAUCCCCAGAGCCUGUUCCCAUUGCCAUCGUGGGCAUGGGCUGUCGGUAUCCCGCAGGAGCCACCAGCCCGGAGGAGUUGUGGAACGUCGUUGCUGAGGGUCGAAGUGGAUGGACAGAAGUGCCUCUGGAUAGAUUCAACCAUGAGGCAUUCUACCAUCCCGAGCCUGAGAUUCCAGGUACCAUCAACCAGAAGGGAGGUCACUUUAUAGACCAGGACAUUUCUGCAUUUGAUGCUGGCUUCUUUGGAAUAGCACAGCAAGAAGCAGAGACACUGGAUCCACAGCAGCGUGUCGUGCUUGAGACUUCAUGGGAGGCUAUUGAGAAUGCUGGCAUUCCAAUGCAUCACCUCAAGGGGUCAGACACUGGAAUAUUUGUGGCCAUGUUCGGUCAUGACUUUGAGCAAGCAACACACAAAGACCCAGUGGCCGUCUCCAAAUACCACAACCUUGGUGUAGCACGCCCGUUGCUCGCAAACAGAGUGUCGUACAUCUUUGAUCUUCAGGGCCCUUCAGUUGUAGUUGAUACUGCUUGUUCAGGGAGCUUGGCAGCUAUUAGCUUAGCCUGCCAAAGUCUUCGCUCAGGAGAGACGUCCAUGGCAUUAGCAGGUGGUGUGAAUCUGAUAUUUUCUCCAGACCAGAUGUCUCUCAUGUCAAUGACUGGGCUCUUUAACGACGAAGGGAGAUCUUUUACAUUCGACACUCGCGGUAACGGCUAUGGUCGAGGAGAAGGCGUAGGAAUCGUUGUCCUAAAGCGCCUAGAUGAUGCGUUACGUAACGGGGACACCAUUCGCGCCGUCAUUCGAAACUCGGGCAUCAACUCCGAUGGUCGAACAAACGGGAUCAUGCUUCCUAACCAAGCUGCUCAAGAGCGCCUCGCAAAGAGCUUAUUCCAGAGCCUCCCGUUCAACCCUUCUGACGUGCAGUAUGUAGAGGCACAUGGCACAGGAACCAAAGCCGGAGACAAAGUCGAAGUAAACACCAUCCGAAAUGUCUUUUGCGAGGGCCGCGAGAGCGAAAAUCCGGUAUUUGUUGGCGCUACAAAACCCAAUCUUGGGCAUUCUGAAGCUGCCAGCGGCACUGCAGGUCUUAUCAAGACGGUUAUGGCGAUGGAAAAGGGACUGAUUCCGCCAAACAUUCUGCUGGAAAACUUUAAGCCUGGGCUGGAACCGGGUCACUGGAGUAUGGAGAUUGCACGAUCGCUCACACCUUGGCCGUCAACAAAGACGAGCCGAAAGGCUGUUGUUAACAGCUUUGGAUUUGGAGGGACAAAUGCAAUGCUGCUUUUAGAAUUUGGACGGGUUUACGAUGGUAACUAUGAUCAGUCACCUCAGGUAAAAUAUCUGCUGACACGAAUAUUUUAUCGCGACGAGCGCAUCAGGCCAGACGAACCCAGGAUUCCUCGUCUAUUCCCUCUAUCCGCCACAUCAGAGUUUUCUCUCCAAAAUUAUGCCAAAGAUCUUGCGGAUUAUUUGAAACGUCGAGGCGACAUUCGACUUGACGAUCUUUCUCAUACUCUCACGGGACGAAGAUCUCAAUUUCAGUGGCGCUCGAGCAUCGUUGCUGAAGACGUCGAUUCUCUCAUCCAGAGUCUUUCGGCAAAAGAUCUGACGAGAAGUAAAAUUCCGAACAAAACAGCAAAUGCCUUUGUCUUUACCGGACAAGGCGCUCAAUGGGCGAGGAUGGGCCACAAUCUGCUAUCAGCUGAAGCCAAUGAAUUCACCCGCUCCAUCUCGGUUUCAGAACAACUGCUCAAGGAAUUUGGCGCUCAAUGGAGCCUUAUCGAAGAAUUGUCCAAGGAUACAGCAUCGAGUCGCUUAAACGACAGUACAUACGGCCAACCUGCCAGCACAGCCGUUCAAAUCGCUCUCGUUGAUCUCUUGAAGAGCUGGAAUGUCCUGCCCUCGGCGGUAGUUGGCCACUCCAGUGGUGAAAUCGCCGCAGCGUAUGCUGCUGGAGCUAUUUCUCACAAGUCGGCCAUGCUUGCUUCAUACCACAGAAGCUUCCUAGCUGAAUUGUCCAAGCAACGGACUACGCAGCGAGGAACUAUGCUGGCUGUUGGGCUUGGAUGCGAAGAUGCUGAAAAGUACAUUGGAAAACUUGAGGCUCCAGGCAUUGUGGUGGCUUGUAUCAACAGUCCGUCGAGUGUGACAAUCUCUGGUGACGCAGAUGGUAUUUCAGCGUUGAAAGACGCUCUCGAUGAAGAUCAAAUAUUCAACCGGCGGCUUAAAGUUGAUACAGCGUAUCACUCUCACCACAUGAAGCUUGUCAGCUCUGACUAUCUGCAACAGCUCGAAGGCCUCGAGGCAAGCUCAACAGAUUCCUCGAUUCGCUACUUUUCUAGCGUUACAGGACAAGAAAAGUUGGAUGGAUUUGGUGGUUCAUACUGGGUCGAGAACUUGGUGUCCCCAGUCCGCUUCUCAGAUGCUUUGCAGAAUUUGUAUCAUCAAGUAAAGCAAGGCUCCCUCAACAUUGUCGAAAUAGGUCCACACUCGGCUCUCUCUGGGCCGGUCAAACAAACCCUGGCAGGGCUGCAGAGUGAAGGAUCUUCAUACACCUAUAUUCCUACGUUGGUACGUAAUGAACAUGGCGUCAGGUCUCUCAUGAAUGCGGGAUCGAGUCUCUUCCGUGCUGGCAGCGACAUCGAUAUGAGCGCUGUGGCUUCACUCAGCAUCUCACGCUCAUUGCCACCAGCAGUCCUUGGAGACUUGCCGACGUAUCACUGGAACCACAUGACUACUCAUUGGACAGAGUCGCGCCUAAGCCGCGAGUACAGAUGUCGAAAGUAUCCUUCUCAUGACCUUUUGGGUUCUCGAGUGAUUGAAUCAUCGGAUAGCCAACCCAGUUGGAGGAUACUCUUGAGUACUGGCAGGCUGCCGUGGCUGCAAGACCACGUCGUCGACAACUUCAUCGUGUUCCCCGCUGCUGGAUACAUGACGAUGGCGAUCCAGGCCCUGCAACAACUGAAUCAGGAUCGUCGCCCAGAUCUAAAGCCCAAGGGUUACAGGCUGAAGAAUGUUUCCUUCAAAAAGACCUUGACGCUGCCCAAAGAUGACACACCUGUUGAAGUCAUUAUAUCAUUCCAAUAUGCCGACUCGAAUGAUUCUUGGACAUUUACCGUCUCUUCCAUAUCAGAUCAAGGGAAAUGGCAGGACCACUCAAGUGGAACUAUAUCAGCUGUCUUUGAAACUGAUUUGGAUGAGAUUGAACAAACUCGUGAAGCAGAAUACAGCCAAAGGUCUCAGAACUCCCGGCUUAAAAGCGCAGGUGAGAAUUGUAACAAGGUCAUUUCGCACAAGGAGCUAUAUGCGCAGAUGGCUGCGACGGGCAACCAGUAUGGCCCUACAUUUGCAAUCAACGACGAAAUGCGAAUAGCAAGCUUCCAAUCUCUGAAUAAACUUGUUGUGCCAGAUAUUCUUGCAAAGAUGCCUGGCAAGUUUAUGCAGCCACACGUUAUUCAUCCCACAACGCUCGAUGGAAUCAUUCAGUCAUGUCUUCCUGUUUUCCAACAGCACUCCAUCAAGGGCUCCGUUAUGCCUAUUCUCAUCAGCGACGUGUAUAUUUCGACAGAUAUUGCCAAUAAGCCAGGCAGCCAACUCCAGGCCGUGUGCGAUUUGAGCGACGUGUUUGCACACUCUACGAGCUUUAGCACCGCAGUUUUUCAAGUGGGAGAGAAUGGUGAGCCACAAUGUGUCCUCACAAUGGACAGAGGAGAGAUUCGCGUUGUCGGAGAGGCUCAGUCUUCUCAAGCCAUCAGCAACGACAACAUCUUCAAGGUGGAAUGGGGCCUCGACACUUCAUCAAUUACCGCCAAGAUCAUCGAGUCUGUAGUGAUUCCCUUACAGUCCGACGAGGCCGGCAUUUCUCAGGCAGAGAAAGUCAAUCUGACCUCUGUUGCUUGCGCGAGAUAUAUUGACUGGGCUGUUAGAGAAAUGCAUGAUCGUGGACUAUCUGUAAAAGAUGACCAUCGAGUCAAUUGGUGGAAGUUGCUGCAAAAGUUUGCUGCCUCGGAAGUAGGCAAGUCGCUCAUCAAACAGAGCCCAGAGACCAAAGAAGAGUUGGAUAAACUCACCUCAAGGCUGGGCGUUGAAGGAGAGGCCGUGGCCAGGAUUGGACCAGAGCUGAUUCCCCUCUUGACCGGCGAAACUGAUCCGCUCACUCACUUCCUCAAGGAUGAUCUUUUGUUCAGAGUGUAUCACUCUGAUGAAGGCGCUCGACCCAACCAAUACAUGGCUGACUACGUCAAGAUGCUCACGUUCCAGAGGAGAGAUCUCAGGAUUCUAGAAAUUGGAGCCGGCACUGGAGGCACGACAUAUCGCAUUUUUCAAUCAUGCACUCCCAACGGCGAUAGUUUCUGCGCGGAAUACAUGUACACGGACAUUUCUUCCGGAUUCUUCGAGGCUGUUCGCACAACCCGCUUGAAGGACUGGGCCCACCUCUUGACAUUCCAGACCCUGGAUCUCGAAAAGGACGCGGCGGAGCAAGGAUUCAAAGAGCACUCUUACGAUCUCGUCGUAGCUGCAAACGUCGUCCACGCUACACGAUCUCUGGCAAAGUCACUCAAUACCAUUCGAAAGCUACUAAAGCCGGGCGGUGUACUUGGUCUUGUGGAACUUACCAGGACGACGCCGUACAUCAACAUGACGUUUGGAUCGAUUCCUGGUUGGUGGGCUGGUGUUGACGAGGGACGAACUGAAAGCCCGCUUCAAUCUGCUGAGCAGUGGAACGCGCAUCUUCAAAACGCUGGAUUUUCGGGGGUUGAUCUGGCUGCGUAUGAUCUUCCUGAGCCUGAGAGACAUUGUGCUCUGCUAUUGUCGACCGCUGUAGCAGCUCAGCCGUUGGAUAAUAUACUUGAUGCUCCCCGAUUCAAAAUCCUGAAUUCUAUCGGAGAGAAUCAGUAUGCACAUGGAUUUUCAGACAAAUUAGCUACCGCUUUGACUACCAAGGGCUUUCAAUCUUCCAUUGACGAGUGGGAAACGACUGCUGUCGACGAUUCGCGCUCCUACAUCAUCAUCGAGUCUUCAAACCAGCCUCUCCUCACACAAGCCUCCAGCGAGAAAUUUGCCCGCAUCACUGAAUUAUUAUCCAGUGUGAAGAAGGUGUACUGGAUUAGCUUCGCAAACGCCAGUAGCAAUGUCGUGCCAGAGAACUCGUUGAUCACGGGAGUCUCGAGAUCCGCGCGAAACGAGAAUCCCCAUCUCGAUUUCUUCACUGUUGACGUGCAAGACUCUCUGGAUCAACAUCCGGACCAAAUCUUGCAGGCUAUCACAUCAUUCAUCAGUUCUAAAGAAGACAAGAUUGCAAAGGACGAGCCCCGUGAGUUUGAGCUCAUGUACAAGGAUGGCAAACUUCAAAUCCAGCGCUUCGUCGCAAACGAGAAACUCUCGCGGGCAGUUUCCACCACUUCAGACGAUUCAGAGACGGAGGAAGUCAAAUUCCAUCAGCCUGAGCGUCCCCUCAAGAUCAACGUCGACAAGCCCGGCCUCCUAAACAGUCUCGUAUUCAUCGACGAUGAUGCCGGCGAACUCGGUCCCGAUGAGAUUGAAAUCCAGUCUUACGCCUGGGGCCUCAACUUCUCAGACGUCUUUAUUGCUCUCGGCCAACUCCCUCCCACGCAGCCCAUGGUCGGCGAAAGCGCAGGUAUCAUUACGGCUGUUGGAUCCAACUUCAAAUCGCAGUAUAAGCCCGGUGAUCGUGUAACGGCCAUGUUCGGCACGCCUUAUGCCAGUCGAACCAGGACAAACGGACAUUUGAUCCAUCGCAUUCCUGAUACUCUGUCAUUCACCGAUGCUGCCUCGAUUCCUCUGACUUUUGCAACGGCAUACUACUCGCUCUUUGACUGUGCCAAUCUCCGUCCAGGGCAGACAAUUCUGAUACACUCUACCUCCGGAGCUUUGGGCCAAGUAGCCAUCAAGAUUGCUCAACGACUUGGCGCCGUCAUUUUUGCCACUGUUGGUAGUGUCUCCAAGCGUGAAGUUCUCAUGGAACAAUACGGUAUCCCGGAGAGUCACAUUUUUAGCAGUCGCACAACCGAUUUCGCAGCCGGUGUCAAGCGACUUACGAAUGGCGCCGGGGUGGACGUGGUUCUCAACUCUCUCUCUGGUCCUAUGCUUCAUGCUUCUUGGGAGUCUGUCGCUGCAUUUGGAACCUUUGUGGAGGUGGGCAAGACGGACAUUUCCCGACGCAGUCAACUGAACAUGAAGCCAUUUGAGAGGAAUUUGAGAUUCGUCAGCGUGGACCUGGUAGGACUCUCAAAGCAGCGACCAGCAGAGUGCCAGAAACUUCUAGAGAGAAUAUUUGCCGACUUUGGAGAAGGACAUUUCACACCGCUGCCAGUAACUGCCUUGCCUAUUGGCGAUAUCGAAAAAGCCUUCAGACUGAUGCAGAGCCGGAAGCAUACUGGGAAAAUUGUUCUAGAGGCUUCCGAUGAGUCUACAGUUCAGGCCAAGGUAAAGCCUCUUCAACUACGAGCCAAUGGGACGUACAUGAUUGUUGGCGGCCUUGGAAGUUUGGGCAAGCAUCUGUGCAGGCAUCUCCAAGAAAAGGGCGCACGGCACAUUGCCUUGUUUACGCGACAGAGCUAUGAUGACGCGGUCAGGGAGGAGAUGGAGAAAGAGCUCACUGAUGUUCCCGAUGCUGUUGUCAAGAUUGUAACGUGCGAUGUUGGAGAUGCCAGCGUGGUUGAACAAGUGGCCAAGCAACUUAGUCAAGACAUGCCGCCAGUAAGAGGCAUUCUUCACGGUGGUAUGGUGCUCUCGGACCGAACAAUAUCUCAAAUCACACAGCAAGACUUUGAGAUUGCCCUCUUGCCCAAGUACCAUGGCACAAUCAACCUCUACAACGCAUUCUACAACAAAGACGUCGACUUCUUCAUCAACCUCUCUUCUCUUUGUGGUGUUGUCGGCACAAUUGGACAGUCCAAUUACGCGGCUGGAGGCACAUACCAGGACAUGUUUACGCACACUCAAGUAUCUGCAGGCCGCAAGAACUUUGUCACUAUCGACUUUCCCUUGAUUAAGAGCACAUAUACCGUUACCCAAGAACACACUCACUCUUUGGCUAGACAGGGCGUUCAGUUACUUCCUAUUGAGAUUGCACUGCCUGUUGUGGACUAUGCGAUGAGUGGCAAAGCGUUCAAGGAUGGCAAUCACCAGAUUGCCUUUGGCCUCGAUCCCCAAUCCUUUAUUAACCAAACGAUUCCAGGUGGAAGAGUGCCACCACUCGUGUCUCAUAUUUUGUCUGCUCACGGCCGAGGCCUCGCGCGUCAAGCCAGCCGCGAAAAUGAACAGACUGCAGAAGAGAGAAUUGCCCUUGCAUCAACUGUCGAAGAUGCAGAGGAACUGGUUCUGAUUGCAAUCCGCGACAAGAUUGCGUCUCUUACCGUGCUGGAAGCCGAAGAACUUGAUGUCGACCAGUCCAUUGCAAACAUGGCGCUUGACUCACUUGUCGCUACCGAGAUUAAGAACUGGAUCACUAACAAACUGCAGGCGCCAGUCCAAACGUCGGACAUUUUGGAUGCGCCGAGUCUUCGUUAUCUUGCUGCUUUUGUCACCAAAGGCUCCAACUUGGUGAAGAGCAAGGUCGGCUCACAGCAGAAUGGGCAGAACGACGAUACAAAUGGCGACAGCAACGCUAUGAAUGCCAAGAGAGAGGUUGCUCUUCCCAAGUAUCCCAUGCAGACGCUCGAAGGAACCCUGGACAUCUUCCUCGAUUCAGUCGGCCACAUUGCAAACGAAGAUGAGUUGAAGGUUACUCGCGAAGCCAUCGGCGCUUUCCAGGCCCCUGAUGGACUGGGACAGCAGCUGCAAAAACGACUGGCCAAGAUGUCAGGCGACGAAGGCGAGAAUAACGAAGUUGUCGACAUGUAUGUGAGGAACAAGUGGCUCCGAGGACGAGACUGGAGGCCUAGGCUGCGAAACUUUUUCGCGACUCUGCCUGGACAAGAUACGCUUCGCCAACCUCAGGCGAAUCAGGCGGCGGAACUCACAUUGGGGGCAUAUAAAUACAAGCUGGCUCUGGAUGCGGGAACAGUUCAGCAGGAUUAUUACAACGAACAGGCACUGGACAUGGCGACUGUUUAUUGGUUAUUCAGCACGAAUCGUACCCCAGCCCUUGGAUGCGACGGUUACGACAGAUACCCAGAGAGUGAUUACAUCGUUGUUAUGAAACGUGGACACACAUACAAGGUCCCCAUGAGAAAUCGCAACGGCGAGGUUGUAGCGUACAACAAGCUCGUAUCCAUCUUCCAAGCAAUUUCUCAGCAUAGUCCAGAGGAAACAAACUGGACAAGUCUACUCACUACUGCAAAUCGCGACGAGUGGGCAUUUGCCCGUGACGAAAUAAUAAUGGGAAGCGAAGACGGCCGCAACUUUGUUAAAACAAUCGAAGAGUCUCUCUUCAUCAUCUACCUCGAAGACGUCUCCCCCGAAACAGCAACCGACCGAGCAGACAUCUUCCUCUUGGACGACAAUUCCAACCGAUGGUUAGACAAGACACUCUCCUUUGUCGUAUGUGCCAACGGCGUGUCUUCCAUCUGGGGCGAGCACACCAUGGUCGACGGCACCACGUUUGGCGGCUUGAUCAAAGCCCUCAGCUCGCCUUCAAACAAGCCAUUCCAAACAUCCAACGGAUCAUCUUCCGAUAACAUCGUGGUUGAUAGUGACUUUUCCCAUAUUCCAUUCACGUUGCCAGCGACCCUCUCAAAACGCAUCUCUCCGCUCCAAGUCCAACACCAACGAGCCCACGAUGGCUACACACUCGCCAACCUCACGCACACUUACUACGCAGCCACUUAUCUAAGAAAGCACAAACUCCCGCCAAAGACUGUCAUCCAGCUGGUAAUCCAAGUAGCCGUCCGCCGCCUCUUCGGAUACAACCCCCUGGGCGCGGUGGACGUAAUUUCCCAGCGCCCUUUCCGCGGUGGACGAACAGACAUGAUCUACAUCAUGACGCCACCCGUCCAGGCAUUCUGUGCUGCAGCUGAGGAUCCUUCUGUCAGUGGUGUUGAGAAACGACGAUUGUUCCUGGAGGCCGUCAAAUCGCACGCAAGGCUCGUGGCGCUGGCAACUCGAGGAAGAGGAUUUAGAUGGCACCUCAUGGCACUCCGCGAGAUGAUGGAGCCUGGCGAGGAGCUUCCUGCGUUUUACAAGGACACUGUUUUCGCGAGGACGAGUGAGCGGCCGGUUUGCACGAGUUUCACGGAAUUUGGACUUCCAGAGAUGGGACGGUGUCAGCCUCACAAGCCUGACGUGUGGGUUGGUGUGCAGGUCUUUGACGAAAGAGUUCAAUUCACGGUGAUUAAUGGAGAGAGGAAAUCGGACGAGUUUGUGGAGCAUCUGAAGGCGGCUGCAGAGGUUGUGAGAGACAUAAUCGAGGUCAAUGCGGUGUAAGAGUUACGAUAGGCUAUGACUUUUGGAUGGCAUUAUUGGAUAAAACUCGAAAUAUUGCUAUUGGCUGUUUCGACUAAUUUUAUCCAAAAACGGAUUUGACUAUAGUGAAUCUCUUGCAUUCCCCAUGCGAGGGAUACUUUAGAUUGCACAAUUCUUCACGAUGAUAUGCUAG